CAUUAAACGGGAGCAACCAUGGUUAGGCUGAACUCAAGCAAACUGAUUUCGCUGGCGCACUAAACUUCCUUCAUCAUCAAUUGAAUUUCCAUAACACCCUUUUUGGACUCAGAGAUUCUAAAAUGAGUUUUCGCAACCUAGAAGAAUUUGACAAGAUUUACGGCCGAACGCGCAAGAAAGAGAAGGUUAAGUUUUGCAACGUGUCCAUCGAUUCUCUGUUUACAUUCUUCUCUGUGAUCAGUUUAUUCAGAACCUACAAAAAGACCUAUCUGGUGGGAGAUGUGAUUGCUGGAUUUACUGUUGCUGCAUUUAACAUUCCUCAGGGUAUGGCGUAUGCGUCUCUGGCAAGUAUGCCGCCAGUGGUGGGCAUUUACAUGGGUUGUUUCUCCCCUUUGAUCUAUUUCCUGUUUGGUACUUCCAGACACAUCUCAGUGGCCACAUUCGCCCCUGUCAGCAUCAUGGUCGGAUUCUCCACUCAGGCGAUCAAACAUAUCAUAGACGAUCACAAAUCCAACAAUAACAAUCCAAACGAGGCAACUUUAUCAAACACCACCGCGUCGUCAAUCUUGUCAGCAGCUGAUCAACAAAAAGCAGAUGAAGCUGUACUAAUAGCAAUAGCCGCGUCAAUAUGCAUGUGCUCAGGCAUAUUUCUACUUAUUCUCGGUUUGCUCAGAUUGGGCUUUGUUGGAAGUUACUUUUCGGUCAGUUUAGUGAAGGGAUUCACGUUUGGCGUGGCAUUUCACGUGGCAACGUCACAAGUGAUCAAGAUUCUUGGUAUAAAAGUAGCGAAGUACGUGGAUGCGGGAUGUCUAUUGUUUACAUGGAGAGACAUCAUAUCAUCAAUAAGUGACACUAACCUGUGCUCGCUGACUAUCGGAGUGUCCUCGGGACUCACUCUCUACCUCUUCCUCUUCCUGGCCGAGAAGUUCAAGUCCAAACUGAGGGGAGUGCCCGUACCCUCGGAGUUGAUCAUUGUGGCUGUAACCACUACCAUUUGUAAAUUUGCCCAUUUGCACAGCAACUUUAAGCUAGAGAUAAUCGGAGACGUGCCGACCGGUCUGCCACGUGCAUCAGUCGACUGCAUUUCUACUAUGGUCAACAACACCUACAUAAUCUCAACCGUGAUCCAACAGUCAAUACCAAUAGCACUCAUCUCAUUCGCAGUAUCUCUGGCACUGGCCAAACUACUAGCCCAGAAACACAACUACACGAUGCAUAAUAGCCAGGAGUUGGUGGCAUUGGGGUUGGUGGAUAUCGUGGCGUCUUUCUUCGGAUGUUACCCCAGUGCGGCGUCUCCGAGUAGAAGCAAUUUGCAGAGUGAGGUGGGAGGCAAGACUCAAUUGGCAAGCCUUAUUACUAGUGUAUUGAUGCUCCUGGUAAUGCUAUUCGCUGGUCCCUUAGUCUACUCUCUGCCUUACUCAGUUCUGGGAGCCAUAAUCAUAGUCGCUCUUCGCUCUUUCUUCAAACAAGCACUGCAGCUGCCGACCUUGUUCCGCUGUGACAAGCAUGACUUCAUUUGCUGGACUUUGACUGCCCUGUUAACAAUUGGACUCAACAUCACUCUGGGACUUCUGGCGGGUAUUGUUAUCUCCCUCGUCUCCAUCCUGUGGAGAUCCCAGAAACCCAAGUACUACCAGAUGGUUCAAGUGGUAGAUACAGACAAGUACAGAGAAAUCAAUUCAUACGAGACAAUGAGAAAGUACACUGUAGUUUCAAUUAACUGGUCUGUGUAUACUUUCAAAUUUCUACUUAUUCUCGGUUUGCUCAGAUUGGGCUUUGUUGGAAGUUACUUUUCGGUCAGUUUAGUGAAGGGAUUCACGUUUGGCGUGGCAUUUCACGUGGCAACGUCACAAGUGAUCAAGAUUCUUGGUAUAAAAGUAGCGAAGUACGUGGAUGCGGGAUGUCUAUUGUUUACAUGGAGAGACAUCAUAUCAUCAAAAAGUGACACUAACCUGUGCUCGCUGACUAUCGGAGUGUCCUCGGGACUCACUCUCUACCUCUUCCUCUUCCUGGCCGAGAAGUUCAAGUCCAAACUGAGGGGAGUGCCCGUACCCUCGGAGUUGAUCAUUGUGGCUGUAACCACUGCCAUUUGUAAAUUUGCCCAUUUGCACAGCAACUUUAAGCUAGAGAUAAUCGGAGACGUGCCGACCGGUCUGCCACGUGCAUCAGUCGACUGCAUUUCUACUAUGGUCAACAACACCUACAUAAUCUCAACCGUGAUCCAACAGUCAAUACCAAUAGCACUCAUCUCAUUCGCAGUAUCUCUGGCACUGGCCAAACUACUAGCCCAGAAACACAACUACACGAUGCAUAAUAGCCAGGAGUUGGUGGCAUUGGGGUUGGUGGAUAUCGUGGCGUCUUUCUUCGGAUGUUACCCCAGUGCGGCGUCUCCGAGUAGAAGCAAUUUGCAGAGUGAGGUGGGAGGCAAGACUCAAUUGGCAAGCCUUAUUACUAGUGUAUUGAUGCUCCUGGUAAUGCUAUUCGCUGGUCCCCUAGUCUACUCUCUGCCUUACUCAGUUCUGGGAGCCAUAAUCAUAGUCGCUCUUCGCUCUUUCUUCAAACAAGCACUGCAGCUGCCGACCUUGUUCCGCUGUGACAAGCAUGACUUCAUUUGCUGGACUUUGACUGCCCUGUUAACAAUUGGACUCAACAUCACUCUGGGACUUCUGGCGGGUAUUGUUAUCUCCCUCGUCUCCAUCCUGUGGAGAUCCCAGAAACCCAAGUACUACCAGAUGGUUCAAGUGGUAGAUACAGACAAGUACAGAGAAAUCAAUUCAUACGAGACAAUGAGAAAGAUUCCGGAUACCCUCAUCUUUCGCUUCGAUAUGUCCCUUUAUUUUGCCAACGCCGAUCUAUUCGUGUCAUCUAUGAAGAAGCAAAUCGCACUUCGUCACAAGGAGUGUCUCUCCCCUUCUUAUUCUGCAAUUGAUUCAAAUCAUCAUAGCAAAUCACCGACUAUUGCGGGUCUGAAGUUCGUAGUCUUGGACGCGGAACCCUUCAAUUUCAUAGACCAUUCCGGAAUUAUUGCUUUAAGUACGGUGCUACAACACUGCAAAGCUAGUCAAAUUGAGCUGCUAAUAUCAGUGUGUGGACUGGAAAUAGUGGAAAAGUUUGAACGAGAAGGAUUUGUGGAUAAAAUUGGACUUGAGAAUCUUUUCCCAAGUGUUCACGAUGCCGUAUUGUAUAUAGAGGACGUUUUUCUCAAUAGAGGGCAAGCCACAAGUAUGAACAAAGACUUCGUUCAGCUGCAGAAAGAAAACGACUUGAAAGAAAUCGACGCAUCAGAAAUUCAUUCUGUUUAGAGAAAUUUGGCAUUCUUAUUCUCAUAUCUAUAUCUAUAUCAUUUCCAAUGUUGUUAAAGUCGAUUUAGUUGCUACUUAACAAGUUAGAUUAUCUUAGAUCAUCGUCUAAUUUCUUUUAGUUUAACCAAUAUUGAUUUGAUAAAAAAAUGUUUGUGUUUCGGUUUUGGUCUGAAUU